AUGGCUCCCCUCGAUCAAAAUGUUGGCGCCUCGACGCGCUCUCUUCACGCCGAUGACCCGGUGAAUGUGGUCACCGACGUGGCCCCUCCUCUCCACCUUUCCACUACCUUCCGGUAUGCCGACAAUCCAGACGACCUUGUGCCGGCUAAGGAGCUCACGGGGUAUGGCCAAGACAAGACAAAGCAUAUCUACUCCCGAGCGACCGCGCCGAACUAUACGCGGUUUGAAACGAUCCUGUCGUCCUUGCUGAAUGGUGAUGCGAUCAGCUACUCGUCGGGCCUGUCUGCGUUACAUGCAGCUCUUGUUCUGUUGAACCCGCGUCGCAUUGCUAUCGGCAAUGGCUAUCACGGAUGCCACGGAGUGAUUGCGCUGUUCAGCCGGAUCACCGGGCUUGAAAAGCUGGAUUUGAACUGUCCCGCGGAGGAAUUGCUGGCCGGCGAUGUCAUCCUUCUUGAAACCCCGAUCAACCCCGAAGGAACCGCUUUCAACAUCGAAGAAUACGCGAAGAAGGCCCACUCCCGCGGCGCCUACCUUAUCGUCGACAGCACCUUCGCCCCGCCGGGCCUCCAGGAUCCUUUCCUGUGGGGCGCGGACCUCGUGAUGCAUUCCGGAACGAAAUACUUGGGUGGACACAGUGACAUGCUGUGCGGCGUCCUGGCCACGCAGCGCAAGGACUGGGCACGACAGUUGUCCGCGGACCGGGUAUACCUGGGUAGCGUGAUGGGGAAUAUGGAGGGCUGGCUGGGCGUGCGGAGCCUUCGGACCCUCGAGAUUCGCGUGCAGCGGCAGAGCCAGAACGCCACGAAUCUCGUGUCCUGGCUCGACAGCGCGCUGCGGGCGCCAAAUCCCGCAGCCGGCAGUGACGAGGCUGUAACGCAGGCCGCUCUGCAGCAAGUCUUCCACGCCAGCCUGCAGAAAGACGACUUCCCGUGGCUACUCAGGCAGAUGCCCAACGGGUUCGGACCGGUCUUCUCGAUCAUGACCAAGCAAGAGGACUAUGCGCGCAAGCUCCCCAGCACGCUGGCCUUCUUCCAACAUGCCACCAGCCUGGGCGGCGUCGAGUCCCUCAUCGAGUGGCGGACCAUGUCGGAUCCCUCGGUCGAUACGCGUCUGCUGCGCGUCAGCAAAGAAAGAGAGACAAGAAUGUCCACCUUCCAAAUCCACUACUUCUCCACCGCCUCCGCCUACACAGGAAAACCGACCGAACGCCUCCCAGCCCCGCUCCCGCUGUCUCAGCUCUUCGACGUCCUGGAAUCAAAGUAUCCGGGGAUCAAGGAGAAGGUGCUGAGUAGUUGUUCGGUGAGCUUGGGAGAUGAGUAUGUGGAUGUUGAUGUUGACGGGGAUGGACUGGUGAUUCCGACCGGGGGUGAGGUUGCGGUUAUUCCGCCUGUUAGUUCGGGAUGA